GAACUUUGACCGCGGCUGAGGGUGGUGCGCAUGCGCCCUGUCUCCGCAUGGCGAGCGUCCUUGUCCUGGCGGCGGCGGGAGCUGCGGGGGCCGCGCUGCUGGCGCUGCGGCUGUGGGUAGUGCUCCGUUGUCGCGCCCCCGGGCCGCGUCGGUCUCUCAGUCUCUUGGUGGUGGCUGGGUCCGGUGGGCACACCACUGAGAUCCUGCGGCUGCUUGAGAAGCUAUCCAAUGCUUACUCUCCUAGACAUUAUAUCAUUGCUGAUACUGAUGAAAUGAGUGCCCAUAAAAUAAAUUCUUUUGAACUAAACCGAGCUGAUAGAGACCCCAAUACCAUGUUUCCUGAGUACUAUAUUCACCGCAUUCCCAGAAGCCGUGAGGUUCGGCAGUCCUGGCUCUCCACAGUGGUCACCACCUUGUACUCCAUGUGGCUCUCCUUUCCCCUGACUCACAGAGUGAAGCCAGAUUUGGUGUUGUGUAAUGGACCAGGAACAUGUGUUCCUAUCUGCAUAUCUGCCCUUCUCCUUGGGAUACUAGGAAUAAAGAAAGUGAUCAUUGUCUAUGUUGAAAGCAUCUGCCGAGUAGAACAUUUAUCCCUGUCCGGAAAGAUUCUGUUUCACCUCUCCGAUUACUUCAUUGUUCAGUGGCCGGCUCUGAAGGAGAAGUACCCCAAGUCUGUGUACCUCGGGCGAAUUGUUUGACAAAUGAUAGCUUCUCUGGAAUUUUGCAGUCAACCAUAUUUAUUAUAAAUGGAGUAGAAAAUACUACACGUUUUAUUGUAAAGGCUUCUGAAGAUCCUGAGAAUUAUUGGUGGUGAAGAGUAAAAAAAUGUAUAAAUAACCCAGUAAGGAAACCGAAGGUGCUCUUACGAAACAAACAUUAAGGAGUCUCUGGGUGGCUCAGCUGGUUAAGAGUCAGACUCAGGUUGUGAUCUCAGGGUCAUGAGAUCGAGCCCCACGUCAGGCCACCCCGCUCAGCAUGGAGCAUGCUGGAGAUUCUCUCUCCCUCCCCCCUACCCCCCCCCCACACACACGUGUACUCCCGCUCUCUCAAAAAAAUAAAUAAAAUCUUUUUAAAAAUAAAAUAAAAAUAAAACAAACAUUAAUACGCCAUUAAGUAUUUAAGCUUCCGUGCACCAAAUUUCUUUUCUUUUGUAUCACUACCUACAAGUUAUCUUCUGACUUGUUUUAGUAGUAUUUUUCCUACAACUAAAUAUAGAAUUAGUAUGAUUAGUAACAUUUCCUGUUCUGCAACUCUUUUUUAUUUUACAAUAUUUUGCCUAGUAAAAAGAAAAAAGAUAUUUCUUAGUUUUUGUUCCGAUACAGCAGGCUCUGUUUCCUGUAUGGAAGCAGUAAAGUCCCUAGUGAAUCCCUUCAGCAUAUAUCACAUGGGCUUCAUGACAAGUUGUACUCCGCAGGCUUCCAGAACCUUGAGCAUGAACCAGUAUCCUUUUUUGUUCUUCGGUUUUGCUUUGUGAGUCGUUGUUCUCAAUCCAGAAGACCUUUUGAAAUCUCUUGUUUGUUAAAAUAAAUUAAAAGGUGACCAACUGUUCUAGUAA